AGUCGUCCGGAAAGAAAUAACAGUGUGGGAGGAGAUUUGCAAAAUUAUGUUGUAUUUGUAUUUUGGGGCAAUUUCUGUGUUUCUGGAUGAAAUGGAUGUGUUCUAGAGGCCAUGGCGCCUAUUCUGCAUAUACUGUUGGUGGGAUUUCACCACAAGAAGGGGUGUCAAGUGGAGUUUUCUCAUCCACCCCUCAUCGAGGGGAGUUCCGGAACGAAUGAGUGCCCCUCUGGGUGGAAGUAUUUGCCCACGCUCGCCCUUCCCGACGGAUCGCACAAUUUCACCGAUGACACGGUGUACUUCAACCUUCCCAGUCUCACGGACCCCAACGAGAGCAUCUACGGCGUGUCCUGCUAUGGGCAAAUUCCAGCCGAACGCCUGAAGAUAAGAACUGCCGAUGUGACGAGAAGCACCGUCCAGAAGGCCGUGUGCGCCCUGAUGUCCUACCCAAUCUACGGAUAUGUGGAGGUAAAGCUCACCUUGAUUGCUACAUGCUUCUUCGACCAGGGCGAUUUCUCAUCCACGGACAUCCUGGUCAACAUCUACGAACAGCUGAAUGCUUGCCUGACGCAUGAGAACCUAAUGAGCGGAUCGCCUGAGCGAUACUUUGGCGUGGGUCUCAAUUUGCGCGAGAUUGUCCUCAAGUGGCGACACAAAAUCCUGCUCAUCUUCAAGUUGAUGCUUCUGCAGCGAAAAGUUGUCGUCUUUGGCUCACCCGUGAGGCCAAUUUGCAAUCUUAUAGUCGCCGUGGCCGCUCUGCAUCCUGGACAAUUGACAAAAGGCUUCCGCCAAGUGGCGUGCAUUAAGACUUCCAGGCCAAUGUCGCCACUUCCCGAAUAUCCGCCGGAAUCUGGAGAGGAAGAGAAGGUGGUGCCGAGUGAAGCAUCAACGAGUGUGGAGGGAGAUUCUGCUGAGGAGCCCAAAGAAGCUGAAGAGGAAAAGGAGGAGGAAACUAGUCAAACAAUAUCUCGCGAUGGAAGCGCUGAUGCUCUGGUGACGAUUCUCACGUCGCUCAGCUCUUUUGAUCCCGCUCGCUGGGGCGCUCCUCUGCAGCUGUUCACAAAAGGCCACCUGGUCAUGCCGUAUCUCUCGCUGCCCUACAUGGACCUACUGUCCGAUCCUGCUGUGUGUGGAUUCACCAUCGGCGCCUCCAAUAUCCUGUUCCAGCAGAAGCGUCAACUGGCAGAUGUUCUGAUCGAUGCUGAAACCGCGACAAUCGACGUGGCGAGUCCGGAACUGCGCAAGCAGCUGGUUCUCACGACUGAAGAUUUGAGAUUUGCUGACUACGUCAUCAGGAACGUGUUGAGUCCCAAGGAAGCGGCUGAAGGGAGUGAGCAGUGGGUGAAGGGUCAAUUUCAAGGAUACAUUCUGGCUCUCUUGAGAGCCUCUCUGCUGCCUGAUGGGUGCAAAGAGUUGGACCACUUCAAUGGCGCAUUCAUGAGUGCAUGGAAGAAGACACCGAAUUGGCAGGAGUGGAACAACAGAUGCACUCUCCUGGGCCAGGAUCCCACCUUGGCUUCCAUACCCAAUAUGCACCCAUUCGCGGGCAGUUUGUCAGUGACGGACAUGAAGCUGAAGCUCGCUCACACGAUCCAGAGCACGGAGGGCGGCAGGAAGCUCAAUCAGGCGGUGAAUACCACCUCCAAGGCUGUCGGAGGGGCACUUUUGCAGGCCAAAGGGGCGUUUAGCACCUGGUGGUCGACAAUAACGACUCCUCCGCCGCAGCCCACAGUGACUGCGAAGACGGCCACUGUGCCAGAGAAGCUGCCCGAGGAAGCGCAAUGUGAUAAAAGUGACGAGAAUGACCCUCAGCCCGGCGCCAAGGUGGACAUUGCCAAGGAGGCGGAGUUAAUUGACUACUCUCGUGACAUCGGGGAGAUUUUCACCAUUUAGUCCAGGAUCUCUGCACAAAUCUCUGGUAUGUACUUCAUUACUUUCUCAUUUCUUCUCCAAUUCCGCGGAAGGCGACUUAGAGGUCAUCCUGUCCGGGAGAGAUUGUACAUUUAAUUUACCAUGUUUAUGCGCGUCUCAAUGUGAUUGCUUAGAUAAAAAAAGGAUUAUCUUCACUGACAAAAGCGUGAGCCAUUCCUCUUAGCCAGUAGACGUGGAGUGA